AUGCCGCGGGGCUUCCUAGUGAAGCGGAGCAGGAGACCGGGGGGCUCCUAUCGGGUGCGACCUCCUGGCGGACCCCCCACGCCCCGCCUGGUGGAGGCUCCCCGCGUGCCCGCGCCUUUGCCCGAGCCGCUGCCACCCCCGCCCCCGCCAGAGCGACAGCCCCAGCCGAGCUCCCCACUGGCGGCUAUCUGGAGCGCGGGAAGCUCGGACAGCACAGCCUCAGCAGCGGGGGAGCCCGAGCGAGGUGCCCACUCCCCCGUCUCCGCCGAGUCCUUCCCGCUGGGGCCUGCCUUAGUGGUGGCGGACAAGGUGUCCCUGCAUCCUUGCACGCCCUUGCCCGUGCCCGUGCCCGUGCCGCUGCCCCUGCCGCUGCCCCUGCCUGCCGCGCCGCUCUGCCCCGCCGCCGCGCUCAAGCGGCCACCGCGAGCCAAGGCGCCGCCCGCCAAGAAGCCCAAGGCCGCGCGCAAGCUGAGCUUCGCGGACGAAGUCACCACGUCGCCGGUGCUGGGGCUACGCAUCAAGGCGGCGGCGGAAGGGGGCGCGGAGGGGCCCCGCGGGGCUCGCCCGAUCCUGCUGGGCGAGUUCGUCUGCCAGCUGUGCAAGGAGCCCUACGCCGGGCCUCUGGCGCUGGCCCAGCACCGCUGCUCGCGGAUCGUGCGCGUCGAGUACCGCUGCCCGGAGUGCCACAAGAUAUUCAGCUGCCCGGCCAAUCUGGCCUCUCACCGCCGCUGGCACAAGCCGCGUCCGCCCGCCUCCGCCGGCCCCGCCCAGGACAAAGAGAACAGCCGCAGGGAGGCCGUCCGCGAUCAGCACCACGACUCCGCGGACAGCUCCUGCUGCCGGGAUCCGCCGACUUCUCGGGCCGCCCAGCUUUGCCCGGCCAGCCAAGACGGCGCCGCUGACGGCUCCACCCUGGGCGUCCCUGCGGGCGAGCUCUUCCUCUGCCCCUAUUGCCACAAGUCCUUCCGUCGCCAGGCGUACCUGCGCAAGCACCUGGGCACCCAUCAGCCUCCCGGCGCCCCCGCUGCGUACAGCAGCAGCCCGCCACCCCCGCACCCGCCUCCGCAGCAGAUUACCUUCCCUUGCCACUUGUGCGGGGCACACUUCCCGUCGGCGGACAUCAGGGACAAGCACCGGCUGUGGCACGCCGUGCGAGAGGAGCUGCUCUUGCCCCUAGGGCAGCCCGAGGGUAGCGCUGUUGCCGUCGCCCACGGCCAACAGCAGAUCUUCUCGUGCAAGCAUUGCCCCUCGACUUUUUUCAGCUCGCCCGGUCUCACGCGGCACAUCAACAAGUGCCACCCUUCAGAAAACAGACAGGUCCUCCUGCUGCAGAUGCCUGUUAGGCCAGGCUGCUAG